AUGGAGUUUUUCCAAAAUGCCAAAGUGGUACGGUUUCGAAGCCACCACGAUAAGUAUCUAUUAGCAGAUGAAGAUGGAGAGACUGUAACACAAGAUAAGGACGGAACGGCCACCAAUGCUAGAUGGACAGUGGAGUUUGUCAGCCAUGCAGAAAGUCUACGUUUCAAAAGCUGUUAUGGAAAAUACCUAACGGCGUCAAGCAUGCCAUUCAAACCAGGGUUGAGAGGCAACAAAGUCCUGCAAACCCAGCCAAAGUUGAGAUUGGAUUCCUCUAUGGAAUGGGAGCCUGUAAGGGAGGGAUUACAGGUCAGGCUCAGAACCCCCUAUGGCCAAUUCUUGUGCGCCAAUGGGGGCGUCCCACCGUGGAGAAAUUCAGUCACGCAUGACAACCCUAAUAAGACUUUCAGGCAGGAUUGGAUUCUAUGGGAAGUAGAUGUCUUAAAGAAACGUUCAUAUGAUGUUACAACAGAAAAUGAUGAUGCAGAAUCUUCACAAUCAGAUGAACCCAAAUCUACGCAGGGGGAGACUGAUCAGACUAUAGUGCCUGUAGGAAAAAGGAACAAACUUCGAAAAGAAGUUAGGGAAAACGUUACACGAUUUUCUGAUAAAAUGAAGAGAGUCGGACUUAAGGUGAGCCAGAUGAAGCGGCCACCUACCUAA